UUUACUUUUUACUAGUAAUGACAUUAUUUAGUCGCGUUUCGUGCCAUAUUUUUACCGUUUGGGGUUAUGGGACACCUUAAAUAGGACAAGGGAACAGGCUCAAACUUUCCUUAGGUGCUACGUUCGUUUUUAGUGUGACGUUUUUUACCGAUUUUUCGAUUAUUACUAUUAUUAUUACAAUAUACAUAUUGGCUGGUGGUGAUAUGGUGAUUCAUGGUAGUGGCAUUGGGCAAUAACACCGAAAAAUAUUACAUUAUCGUACACAUAGGCAAUUAGGAAAUAGAAAAUGAUCGCAUGACAUAACAAUUCUGCCGAAAACAUGGUAGUAAUGGCGGGCAUGGACGAACACGAAAGAAAAAUUGUUAUGGAGUUUUGUCAUCUGCUCGAAAAAUCUAAACAACUCUUCAACGGUCUCAGAGAUCUACCACAAUACGGUCACAAACAAUGGCAAGCGUAUUUCGGGAGGACGUUCGAUGUUUACACGAAACUUUGGAAGUUUCAGCAGCAACACCGUCAAAUUUUGGACACGAAAUACGGUCUGAAGCGAUGGCAAAUUGGCGAAAUCGCGUCAAAAAUCGGUCAACUUUAUUAUCAUUAUUAUUUAAGAACUAGCGAAACAAAUUACUUAAACGAAGCUUAUUCGUUUUAUUCGGCUAUUCGAGGUCGGGCUUAUUAUUCAAGGGCAAACAAAGAAGACAGUGUGGGCUUGCACGAGGGUCGUAAACCUCUACGUUCCAGGUCCGAACUGAUGGUGAAAAAGUUGCGUUAUUACGCAAGAUUCAUAGUAGUGUGCCUUCUGCUACGUCGCAUGAAACUCGUACGAGAAUUGGUUGCCGAAUUGGACAAGCAUGUUGCCGAAUACACAAGCACCUACGAACCGGACGACCAGAUCGAAUGGAGCCUCGUCCUCGACGAGAUCAAGAGCUUCAUAGCCGCCGAUAACAUCGUCACCGUCUUUCAUCCCGAUUCCAAUCCUAUCGUACUUUCACACAGACUAAGUCCGCUCACAACUCCUCCCGUUGAAAAAAGUCCUUAUAUGACUUUAACCCUCCAGGAGAUAUUGAUAAUAGGAGCGGCGACAGACCAAGUGAAGUUUUCAGAGCUCACCAUGGACAUGUUCCGCAUGAUCCAGACGUUGGAACGUGAACCGGUGGACGACUACAACCACGCUUACGACGCGUCCCCAGGGAACACCAGGAACUCGUACGCCAGCGGAAAAGGAAUUCCCCGUUUCGUAGAGAAUGGUAGCAGCGUGGUUAGCGGGGAAAGGUCGAAUCGUCGCGAAAAUCCACACAAAUAUUUGCUAUAUAAACCAAGUUUAAGUCAGGUUCUUGUCUUUCUCGCGAGCGGUUUCAAAGAGUUGCCACUGAACGGCGCCCUGUUGCUGUACAUUUCGGCGGACGGUUGUUUCUCGACCACGAAGCACCCGGAAGACAUGGGUUACGAUUUGGGCGGGGUCCUGACGAGCGGAAGACGGGACAGCGACCAUAAGAAACAAAAGGAACCUCACUGCUUGUAUCCCGGCGAUCUGCAUCCGUUCACCAGGAGACCGUUGUUCGUUAUAGUCGACUCGGACAACAGCUUCGUGUUCCAACACGUUCCCAGAUACUUCGGUCAGCCGAUGGUCACUCUCAUGUCUCCCCAAGACACUCCGGCCGCCUUUCAAGAACAACAGCAUCACGGCUCCUUAUUCACCCUCUUCUUGCACUCUCCACUCACCGCCUUCUGUUACUGCUGCGGCAUCACCAGCAUACCCAUACACCAUUGGGAACGGUGUCAGAGUUUUGUAGAUAGAUUCGUCACGGAAGCUUCGAGAUUAUUCACAAGAUCACGAGUAGAACCGUCUCAUUUGCAAUUCUUCGGGGACGAUUUUCUCCGUCUCCUUCUUCUUCGAUACAUCUUCUGCGACGUAGUUCUUCAUCUUCACCGUGCGUUUAGAAGUCGACAGUUUCGACCCCGAUGCCAACCUCCGCUGCCCGAAGCGGAACUGCUGGACCAUCCGGCGCUCCAGCAUCUCGUUUUCGACCUGGCGACCCAUUUUGAAGUGCGUUCUCACUUCCUGGAGAACCACGAGGUCGAAUGAUCCACGGCUCGGGCUCGGUUCUCGGAAUUAAUGAGGGGUCGAUGGAAGACAGUCGUAUUGCUCAGUGCCCUUUUGCUGGGGGUCACCAGCUUGGUCCGUUAUUUCGCGUGCUUUUUUCACGUGGUCCAGUUUUUUCGGAUUUCGCUCAUCGUCCGAUUGAUGACGACGAUUAUUAUUAAGGGGGAUGAUAUUGUAGGGUUUCUUGGACGGCGGUGCUCCAAAAAUACUUCAUCUGCAAGGUGGGGAGGUGGAAACAUGUUGGUCGUCACCGCGCACCUCUUCGUAUACGAAUUUACCGCCAAAUUUCUCAACAUGUCGUAUUUUUGGACGCCUCGCCCCAUCACUUUCACUUUCUAUCCCAAUUGAAUUAUGAAAAAAAAGAAAAAAGACAGGGUUGUUGAAGUUGGGUGACCUAUAUUGAAGGUUUCGAAAGAAUCGUCAAAUCAAACCUAACAGCAUUUGUUUACAAUUCACUCUAGAUAUUAUUGUCAUUUUAACCCUUUACACUGAAGCACCUACCCUUAAAUGACAAUAAUUUCCAAGUGGAUGGAAAACAUAAUAUCAUAUUAAACCUUACCAUGUUCUCAUAUAACUUUGUCUAGAGUUAAAAGUUAAAUUCCCGCAAUUUUUUAAAACUUUCGGUAGGUCACCAACCAUCAAAAACCAUAUAGGUAUACAUUAUAUACAGUAUAUAUAAAAUAUAUAUAUAUGAUAAUAAUGAUAACAAAUGAUUAAAUUAUUACGCUCAAAUUGGGCACAGCGUUUCUCGAAUUUUUCACGCCCCUUCGAAUAAACAUAACUGAUAAGGCUCUCAUCGUACGUAACAACGUUAAAGUUUAAAAUUAGCUAACGGUAAGGUAGCAAAAGAAGAAUAAUAAAAUUUUAAUACCAGUGAAAACUGAUUCACGUAGUUCAUUUUUUACGGCCGUUUGGGCCAAAUCUCGGAACUCGAUCGACAUUUAUUAUUAUCAGUUAUAAAUUAAUACAGUUAUUAUUAUCAUUAUUAUAAUUAUGAAUAAGUUUACAUUAUCAUCAUCGUCACCAUUAUUAUUAUUAUUAUGAUUAUGAUUAUGAUUAGCUACCACACGAUGACAAGUGUUCGUUCAAAUCAAACUAGAGAUACUGUCAUGUGUUUAAAAAGAAUUUUAUAGUUACUA